AGGGUGUGUGAGGUUUGCAGGGGGGCUGGCUUUCUGAAUAAAUAGAAAGUGAAGUUGGUGGCACUCAUUCUCUUCGGGAAAGUGGAGCUUUACCUGCCUUUAACCACACUUUUAAUUUUUCAGAGCUCACCGAACCGGAGAAAAGGCAUGGCCGUCCAACACCAGCCAGCACAGGUGAUGGUGGUGACCCAAACCACCCAAAACAUAGGGACAUGGAGCACCGGCCUCUGCGAUUGCUGCAGUGACAUGGGCACCUGCUGCUGCGCCCUGUGGUGCUUCCCCUGCAUGCAGUGUGAGACAGCCUCUAAACACGGCUGGUGCUGCUGCAUGCCAAUCCUGGACGUCUGUUGUGUGGUGUCCUGCAUCCUCCGCUCCGAGAUUAGACAGCGCCACGGCAUCCCAGGCUCGUGCUGUGACGACUGCUGCAAGGUAUUGUGGUGUUACACAUGUGCUUGGUGCCAGAUGAAUCGUGAGCUGAAGAUCAGAGGCAACCGGCCCCCCAACACCGUAGUGGUCACCACACAGGCCGUGGGUCGAUAGGACGCAACCGUUUGGUUGUGGGCUGAGGGCUUAUGACAUGUCUGCCAAAUUAUAUUUUUCAUACGCUCUUUUGUUAAAAUCAUAGAAGGCUGGUUACAUCAGUAUGAGGUGGAAGAUGUAGACAAAAAAAUGUAGCCUAAAACUCAAAAUGCAUACAUAUAUAUAUUGUCAUGUACACCACAUACAUUUAUAGUAGUGACCUGCUGUUUGUAGUGGCUGAUGAUUUAGCUUUUUUCUUUAGAAUUAAAGUUGCUGUUCAUAGACUGUUAAAGCCAGAUGUUUUGAGAUUAUGUUUGCAUGUUAUAAUACUGUAUGAUGUGAGGUCACAUGCAUGUCUGACCUUUGAUUCACUCUGGCCAAUAAAACAUUGCUAUUUCAGUUAAAAA